AAAAAACCGCCUUACAGAAAUCAAAAAAAUUCUUCACACAUAAACACAUAAUAAUAAUUCUUUUUUAACUGUACGCUCUUUGGAUCUCGUAUUGAAGUGUUAUAAGGCAAUAACUGACCGUGGUUCCUUUAGAUGUUUUGGGCCGCGUGUACGCUAGAUCCUUAAAAAAUUUUGAAAUAUGAUUGUUUUAAGACGGCUAUACUCUUAUUCAUUUCUAAAAUCAAUUAAUAUAUGCACUUAAAACAUUUUAAUUCAGUUAAUUUUAUACUUUAUUUCAUUUAUUCAUUUUAUUGUUUCAUAUAAUGUGUUUCACUUUAUGUGAAACAAAGUUAAAGAACGUUUGUCCCCUUUUUCAAAAUUUUAAAAUUGUUAUAUGUUUAUUCUAUUUUAUUUCCCCUAUCUAAAUGUCCAAUUUGAAGUAUUGGCACAAAACGUGUCCUUUUAUUAUAAGGGAAAUUUCCAAUUUGAAAUAUUGGCACAAAUCGUGUCUCUUCUUUAUAUAAGAAAACUCUCCCUUUUUUAUUUUUUCAUAAGGAACAUUUUCCAAUUUGUAAUAGUAAAUUUGCUUGCUUAGAUAUUAUACACUCUUUACAUAUUUCUUCUAUUCCCCCUUUAAUGCGGGGAGUUUUAUUUUAUACAUUAAAUGCCUUAUUAUAUAUAUUAAAUCAAAUCUCAAAUAAUCUUCUUAAUAAUAACACUUAUUGAUAUUAAAGAAAAUACAAUUUUUCAAAAAUGUUUAUUAAAGCCUUAUUAACUCUAAACUUGCAUGUUAAAAUUAAUUGAAAUUAUGAUUAUACAUCUUUUAUAAUUCAAAAAUUCUUUUUUUUUUUUCUUUUUUUUUCUU